UUGCUUUGCUUUUCUUCCAGAUAUGGACGUGUCGAAAGCGUCAAAAUACUCCCUAAGAGGGGGUCGGAAGGCGGAGUGGCAGCGUUUGUGGAUUUUGUGGACAUCAAAAGUGCGCAGAAGGCGCACAACUCUGUCAACAAAAUGGGCGAUAGAGACCUACGGACGGAUUAUAAUGAACCAGGAACCAUUCCCAGUGCUGCUCGGGGAUUGGAUGAUACAGUUUCCAUAGCAUCUCGUAGUAGAGAGGUUUCUGGGUUCAGAGGAGGUGGGGGGGGGCCCACUUAUGGCCCCCCACCAUCGCUUCAUGCACGGGAAGGACGUUAUGAGCGGAGACUUGAUGGGGCUUCAGAUAACAGGGAGCGUGCUUAUGAACAUAGUGCCUAUGGACACCAUGAACGGGGGACGGGAGGAUUUGAUCGGACAAGGCAUUACGAUCAGGAUUACUAUAGAGAUCCUCGAGAGCGGACUUUACAACAUGGGCUCUAUUAUACUUCUCGGAGUCGAAGUCCAAACCGUUUUGAUGCUCACGACCCCCGUUACGAACCUAGGGCCCGGGAACAGUUUACAUUGCCCAGUGUGGUACACAGGGAUAUCUACAGGGAUGAUAUUACACGGGAGGUACGAGGCAGAAGGCCAGAACGGAAUUACCAGCACAGCAGGAGCCGCUCGCCGCAUUCGUCCCAGUCCCGGACCCAGUCCCCGCAGCGGCUGGCCAGCCAGGCCUCCAGGCCCACGCGCUCCCCCAGCGGCAGCGGCUCCAGGAGUCGGUCUUCCAGCAGCGACUCCAUCAGCAGCAGCAGCAGUACCAGCAGUGACAGCAGUGACUCCAGCAGCAGUUCGAGUGACGAGUCGCCGGCACGCUCAGUGCAGUCCACAGCGGUCCCCGCACCUGCAUCCCAGCUGCUUCCAUCUCUGGAGAAAGAUGAACCCAGGAAAAGUUUUGGGAUCAAGGUCCAAAAUCUUCCAGUGCGCUCAACAGAUACAAGCCUUAAAGAUGGACUUUUCCAUGAAUUCAAGAAGUAUGGGAAGGUGACGUCGGUGCAGAUUCAUGGGGCCUCUGAGGAACGGUAUGGACUGGUGUUCUUCCGACAGCAGGAGGACCAGGAAAAAGCACUGAAUGCCUCCAAAGGAAAGCUUUUCUUUGGCAUGCAGAUUGAAGUGACAGCUUGGAUAGGACCAGAAACAGAAAGCGAGAAUGAAUUUCGUCCUUUGGAUGAAAGGAUAGAUGAGUUUCACCCAAAAGCAACAAGAACUCUCUUCAUUGGCAACCUGGAGAAGACAACCACCUAUCAUGACCUUCGCAACAUCUUUCAGCGCUUUGGUGGCAUAGUGGAUAUUGACAUUAAGAAAGUGAAUGGUGUUCCUCAGUAUGCAUUCCUGCAAUACUGUGACAUUGCAAGUGUUUGUAAAGCAAUUAAGAAGAUGGAUGGGGAAUAUCUUGGAAACAACCGGCUCAAGCUGGGUUUUGGAAAGAGCAUGCCUACAAACUGCGUGUGGUUAGAUGGUCUUUCUACAAACGUUACGGAUCAGUAUUUAACUCGACAUUUCUGCCGAUACGGGCCUGUGGUGAAGGUAGGUGGGAGGCUUUGGUGUAUGGUUUGAAGUUGUUACUGUCUU